AUGACCGACGUGUCAGCAUGUGCGGCUGUCAUCGGAUUGUGGUAUAUUCAAGGUGCCACUUCCGCUGCCACAGCCAAUGCUGGCCAUGACCCCCGCCCGCAGUGGCGAUGGUCGGGUGACAUCGCAAGGGAGCUCAGCAUCCCGAGGCUCGCCUUUAUUGGAUUUUGUGGCUUCUCGUCCCUGGUCAGGCACAUCACUUUUCAGACCAAUGUAUUUGAUCAUGUCAAAGAUGAAAAUGAGCUCAUCACGAUCACGGGGUUCCCUACAUCACUAGAGUUGACGAAGACUAAAUCCCCUGGAGGCCUUUCCAUUCCGGGUGCGGACCAAAUCCAUGGAAUGAUCCUUGAAGAGGUGCUGAGAUGCGAUGGUGAGGUCAUUAAAAGCUUUCAGGAGCUUGAGGCAUUGUACAUCGAAUCGUUUGAGCAGAUGACAGGAAAGAAGGCCCGGACAAGUGGGCCAAUGUGUCUCUGCCACCGAAACAACAACACAGUGGCCGCAAGAGGAAUCAAGACAUCAACGGAUGAGGCACAUUAA